GUUUGUUAAUUUAUGUCAUGUUAAGAACGUAUGAAUCAAACAUGUGUAUUAUCUAAUCAAGUCGAAAUAUCUAUAAAAAUUACAAAAAAAUUAAACACUUCAAGUUAAAAAGUCGAACAUUUUUUUCAUUAAUUCAACUUAAAAAAAUGAUGAAUGGACUAUUCAAUAAAAGAAUCUGAAGUUGUAGAAGUUGUAUGUUUACUAUCCGGCUAUUGUCAAUUCUGUGGAUCAGAAUCUGAAUCAAGAUGUCAAGUUGUACUGUGAAAAAUUCGACGGACAUAACUUGUGAUUAUGGCUGUUGUGGCACGGAGGCAAACAGAACUUGUUGUGAGUUUACGUUAUCCGAAAGUGUUCUUAUUGUGAUCUGCGUCGUUGGAGCGCUCGUUGUUGUUGCUAUUGUUGUGGCGCUUAUCAUAUGUUUGACGAGUAAACAGAAGAACAGAGUAACACAAAUAGGACCACGAGAACGUCGCAUUAUGCGAGGUGAUUUAGAACCUCGAAGAAGGCGUGUUGGCAUUCCAAAACCACCCCCUUAUUCUGAAGCUCCUCCCCAAUAUGAUUCUUUGCAUUUUAACGACGACUCAAGGUCAAAUCCACGAUCAACCGAUCCAAUAUUACCGGGACAUAUAAGAACUAAUGUACAAGGAGCAAGGAGGCAACGUUCCGACAGACGACAGAACCCGUCAGCAGAAGAACAAAGUAUAAGUCGUUUUGAACCACGUGACGCACCACCCUCCUAUAUAAGUAUUAUUCAAGUUGAAUCUAGAGAGAAUGAAAAUCGCAGAACCUACACACCUGAAGCUGGAACUUCCGGUUUAGGAAACAAUGGUGGUAGUAGUUUGAGUAAUAACUAUGGUGCAACGCCAUUAUUUGUAACGGGUCAAAACCGCCAAAGUUCCCCUCACCCAAGCUUAGCUAGUGGAAGAAUAUCAACUUCAAUGUAUAACGGGGCCGUUGAAAAUAGAACAUUUCACAGAACUGCAAGCGAGAGAAGCCAUCAGUUAUCAUCGCACAUAACUGUUAGCAGACACCACGGUAUGAACAAUAACUCAGUUUCACCGGUAACGAUAAGGGAAAUAACUGUACAUAGUCACGUCAUUAGAAAUAAUCAAAGUACGGAAACAAGUAAAAGCAAAGGAGGCAAAACAAAAGGAACUAACAUUCACACCAAAAUUCCACGUCCAAUAAAACCAAAUGGGCCAACACAAAUAGAUAACAAUUUAAACGUUGGAUCUAGCGUUAAUACCGGACUUGGUCCUGACGCGUUAGAUGAUGCUAACGACCUUCUUCGUUUAGGAGAGUCACCACCACCGAUUAACCAAUCAGCUGCGGCUAGAAGUGCCAAAAGACGAACAGUUAUACAAAAAUUACAGCAAAGGAAACAAACCUCAUCACUUACACCCGUGGAAUGAGAAAUGCAUCACUUACCCCCGUGGAAUGAGAGUUGCGAUUAUUUCGCUGGCGAAAUAGAUUAUUUACAAAAAAUUUCACUUUCUACAGCGUUGAAGAAGAAAUUAUCAGCGUUAAUGGGCUAUAAACUACUAUUUCAAAAAGGCAAACAACUAAAACAAACGUUAAUGCGUUACUAACUUGAAGAAAUCAGAUACAGGGAAAGUAAAUGCUUUGUCAGACAAAAAAGAAAACUUCAAAAGCAGUUGUUUCAUUCACAACGCUUAUGGUGAUACCGAACGUAAUAUAUAUAGUUUCAUUUUUUUGUCUUUCUUUGUCAAAUCACUUGGUAUAAGUGCAGUGUGUGGUUUAAAAAUGCUGUAAAAUAUAAACUGCAACAAACAGGGAAGACGAUCAGACAAGUUAGCUAGAUGAUCGUACAUCAUGUAAUAGAUUGUUGACAUAGCAGAACAUUAUAUGUAUAUAACAACAUACGCUUCAUUAAUAAAAUGACAAAUAAG